GGCGGUGGAGGUAGACCAUUUGAACUAAUUUUAGAGGAACAGAAGCAAGCAAGCAACAUCUGGAGGUGGAGAGACACAGACAGACUUAUAUUUGAUUUUAUCGUCAUAAAGUCUAAAACAGCAGAUAGUAUCCAGUCACGGGAAGAACUUGGAAGUAAAUAAAAAAAAAAUAAAGGAUUAAAGAAGUAAAAAUGGAUUCAAACUCAACUGGUUUCAUUUACAACCCAGAAAUGACCAAACAUGAGUGUUUUUGGAUCCCUGACUUUACAGAACAGCCACAGCGAGUUAUCCAGCCCUUUAAACGAUGUAAUGAACUAAACCUUAUUGAAAGAUGUCAACAACUUGAUAGCUGUGUGGGAACAGAAGAAAUGGCACUUUUACAACACAGCAAAAAUUUGAUUGAUUCUCUGAUUAAAACAGAGGAAAUGGAUAACGAGGAAUUAAAAGAGUUUUCCACUAAAUACGACAGUCUUUACUUUCAUAAGGACACUAACAAAUGUGCUUGGAUAGCACUUGGCUGUACAGUGAAACUUGUUGAUAAAGUUAUUGAAAACGAGAUAAGGAAUGGAUUUGCCUUAGUGAGACCUCCAGGCCACCACGCCCUCUACAAUGAGUUCUGCGGUUAUUGUUAUCUCAACAAUGUAGGAAUCGCUGCUGCCCAUGCUUUAUCAAAGGGAGUUGAAAGAAUCCUGAUUGUUGAUUGGGAUGUUCAUCAUGGCCAGGCCACACAGUACAGUUACUAUGACGAUCCGCAUGUCUUAUACUUCUCCAUCCACCGUUACCAAAAUGGACAAUUCUGGCCCUGUUUACGACAAUCUGACUACGACUUCGUAGGGAAAGGUCCUGGGCUUGGCUUUAACAUCAAUGUUCCUUUAAACAAGAUUGGAUUAACAGAAUCAGAUUAUCUUGCCAUCUUCCAUCAUAUUUUGAUGCCAGUUGCCUCUGAGUUUGAUCCUCAAUUGGUUUUAAUAUCCUCUGGUUAUGAUGCAGCCCUUGGAUGUCCUGAGGGUCAAAUGAGUGUGUCCCCUAUGGCUUAUGCUCAUUUUACUCAUAUGCUGUCUACCUUAGCCAAUGGGAAAAUUUGUACUAUUCUCGAGGGUGGUUACUGUCUGAAAUCUCUGGCCGAAGGUGUGGCCUAUUCCAUAAAGAGUCUUUUAGGUGACCCUUGCCCUGAUUUGGGACCACUGGCGCCUCCUUCAGACAGUGUAGCUGAGAGUAUCUUGAAUGUCAUCAAAGUACACCGGAACUAUUGGUCCCGACUGCGGCACCAGAGUUAUGGGCAACACCCUGAUGAGUGUGCCUACCCUGAUCUUUGGACUAUGCCACCCAAAGAAGGAAUCAUAUUUUGUACAGAAGAGAACCAACCUGAUGUUCAUAUUCUGACCAAUGAGACACUUCCAUUAGAAGAGGUGGAAAUGUGUGACAAACAGCUGAAUGAAAUGAUUCAGUCACAGCCCACAGACGUCCCCACUAUAAGAACUGCUGUUUGCUUUGAUCCCAGCAUGGAAACAUUCAAAGACCUUUCUCACGAAUUGCAAGGUUUCUCCCGAUUCCAAAAGUUAUUGCCACGGUUACAUGUAAUUGAGAACACUGACAAUGCCUCUGAAUUGGUUCAUCCGAUGAUAGAACGGAAGAUCCAAAAUGGUGUAUUUGUUUCUCUACAGAAGAACGCUGCCAGCCCCAAAUCCUCCUAUACCAUUCUACAACACCAUCUUCAACACCAGCACCUCCAAAGAAUUCUCUAUGUUGACCUCUGUCCUGAUCAAGACAGUGUCAAAAAUUGUAUCUUCCUUAUGGAGAAGGGUGUGUUGUACCUGCCAGUAUGGGUGAAUACGUCGGAGAUGUCGGAAAUGUCAACUCCUGAAUUUAGCAUCAAUGUUACAUGUGAUGAGAUUGGCGAUGGAGAAUAUAUGGCAGUUUUCCACCAAAUAAUUUUACCAUUGGCUUAUCAGUUUGGUCCUCAACUAGUUGUGCUGUCUGCCAAACUAAGUUCCCAGAAACUGCUCCCACUCACUUCUACUGGACUUAGUCAUCUUGUUCAUCUGUUGAAGGUUUUAGCAGCAGGAAAACUGAUCCUUUUUGUCGAGGAUGGUCAGUGUUUGACCAAGGAAUGGGACCAAAAUCUCGAAGCCUGUACUUUGGCACUUCUGGGAGACAAGCUGAAACCCCUAAAACUUCAUGAAGUAAAUAGCAGAACACUUUCUUCCAUCAGUUCGUUCCAGAACCAGUUCAAGGAAAGCUGGCCCUGUUUUAAAUUCCAAGUGCCUAUUCCAAAGAUAGAAAAGACUGGAAACUAAAAUACA